CCCCGCGAGACUUUGGUGGGGGGGGGUGGCGGCGCCCGCCCGCUCGCGACCUCGGGAGACGACGGCGGCGGUGGCGGCGGCGGCGAUGAACUCCCUGGAGCAAGCCGAGGAUUUGAAAGCCUUUGAGAGGCGGCUGACGGAGAUCAUCUCGUGCUUGCAGCCGGCGACGGGGCGGUGGCGGAUGGUGCUCAUCGUGGUGUCUGUGUGCACCGCCACUGGCGCGUGGAACUGGAUCACGGACCCCGAGACGCAGCAGCUUGGUCUCCUGCACGGUCACAAGCCAGAGUCUGCACUCCAGGUGGCGUUCCUCGUAUCGCUGUGGAACCACUCGUUCUUCACAGUCAGCUGCAUCGUCCUCAUCGGCCUUUUCCUCGCCGGCAUCCACAAGCGCGUCGUGGCACCCUCCAUAAUAGCGGAACGAUGUAGAACUGUGCUGGCCGAGUACAACAUGUCCUGUGACGACACGGGGAAACUGAUCCUGAAGCCGCGACCGCAGGCGCAGUGAGGGCGGCGAGACGCUGGGGGGUGGGGGGGGGGGUGAAGGCCGGCGGCGAGCGACCUGCGGGCACGCCAUCGGCCCCCCGCACUCGGCAGCUCGGAGCACGUCGCCGUGGCAGAGGCCUCCACCGCUCUGUGUCGCCGGGAGCGGCCCACUUCUCGGCCACCCGCCAAACCCGCCUGCCAAGCCCCGAGGAAAGCCGGGCAGAGGACUUGUGCUUAGCCGCACCGCUGGCCGUCGGUGACGUCGGUGACGUCGGUGACGUCGGUGGCGUCUGUGCCAAAUUCACAGCGGGGCGAUGAACCCCAUAGUGCGACGCAGGCAGGAGCUACGUUUUUGCAUCCAAAAAUUAUUGUAAAAAAAAAAGGAAAAGUGAAUUUGAGAGCUGACCCUCACAGUCGCACACCUGGGACUUGAGAGCCGUCCUGUGGGGUGGGGGGGGGGACUGUGUCGCUAUUCGUAGCGCAUCGCGUGGGCAACGCUGUCCCGUCGUGGCGCAGCUUGUGGCGCGAGUGAGGUCGCGUCCGUGGGGGCGGCGGCGGCGGGGAUGCCGGGAGCGGCGGCGAUGCCGGGAGCGGCGCCGUUGCCCGUUGCCGGCGCUCGCGCCGCGAGGGUGAGCGCGGGGCCACGCGCGGCGUCCGCGUGCGAUGUGCACACCGUGUACAUAACCGUCGCCACCCUCGCCUCCGCUGCCAUUGCUACAAACACAGCCAUGCUUUUAACAGAUGAUUCCUUAAUCGGUUGCAGUAAUUGUUUUAGUUUGUGUACAUUACGUUUAUUAAAAGCCUUUAAAACUUG